ACGCACACAGCCGCGUCGGUCGAAGCCCGAAGGCCCGGGAGUUGCCAGUCGUCCGCCGUCCGUGCAGCACGUCGUUUCUCGUCGUCGUCGCACGCGUCCGCCGCGUCCAGCUGCCGAACACACGCACACUAGCCCAGUCCCCCACUACCCUCCCCACGCGCACCCAUCAAACGGUCGCGCGGCGCCGCGCCGCCCGCCCCUUAUCAGCGCCGCCGACGUCUCUCCCGGUGGGCACGUCGUCAUUGGUUUCGGUUUUUUUGACUCGUCAACACGAAUCUUCUCCCCGUUGACCGUUUCCGCGUCGCCGAUGCCAUAAUCUUCUCCGGACGUUCCCCGUCCGCCGUCACCGGCGCGCUCGCCGCGUGCCCACAAAACUGUCGGUACUUAUAACAUUAUUAUUAUUUUAAUACACCUACCGUCGUCCGUCUCCUCGCGCCCAUUAAAUAAUAUAUUAUAUACGUACCCUACCUGCAUUUACACGCACGCCUGACCCAAUUAUACGUGGUAACGGAAGACCCCGGACACGUCAACGUCGUCUUCAUAACAACUUCCCUGAGUCGUGCCAUCGGCAAAUUCGGCUAGGGCAAAGUGUAGACGAAUCGUGCAAAGACGUCAGGACACGGACAACCUUUGGCGUGGGUAGGUCCCGUCGAUAAUGCUUAUGGAAAGGGUCACUGGGCACAGCCGAGUUACAUGGAAGAAGAUUUGGGCGGCGUUAGGGGUACGAGUGGUGGCGGUACAGACGAAGCCACCAGUAACGGUGACAAAAUCAAAAGGAUACCGCCGCCGCCGCCACCGCCACCGCCAUUGCACCAUUUUCAACAGCAACAACAAAUGCAGCAACAACAACAACAACAACAACAAAUUCAGCAACAACAACAACAACAACAACAAAUGCAGCAGCAGCAGCAGCAACAACAACAACAACAAAUGCAGCAACAACAACAAAUGCAACAACAUCUACAAAUGCAACAGCAACAGAAUCUUCAACAUCAUCAACAACAGCUGCAACAACAACGGCAUCAGCAACAGCCGCAACAAAUCCAUAAUCAACAUCAGCAGCAGCAGCAACAGCAUCAUCAACAGCAACAGCAUCAGCAACAGCAACAGCAACAGCAACAGCAUCAGCAACAACAGCAUCAUCAGCACCAGCAACAACAACGACAUAAUCAGUUGCGCCACCAUCAAAUGCAGCAGCAGCAACAGCAACAACAGCAACAGCAACAGCAUCAUCAACAUCAACAGCAAAAAUAUCAACAAUACCGUAACCGUCAUCAUCAGUAUCCGGCCGUAGUGGCUAACAGCGCCGCAUCUGUCAACCCUGCGGCUGCAGUGGCCAUCACUACUGCAGCUACCGCAACCGCCGUCAACUCGACGCCGUUUCAGUCAAAGCUUCAGGGGUCCUUGUCCAACAGCGCGCUGCACGCCACGGCCACCGUGGCCACGCCGUACGCUGAGACUGCCGACCGGUCUGACUCAGGUCUCAGUUCGUCACGCACGCUGAACUCGGGCGACGAACGGUCUGGGUCCCACUCGAGUGCGUUCAGCGGUUCCGACGACCACGCGGCCGCUGUAUCGCCGCCCAACGAACAACAUCAGACGCCGCCGUCUACGUACAACAAUAUACCCGUCUGGAGAGACCCUCACAUGUUGCAGUCGCCGAACGGUCCCAUAAGACACGUGGAUAGCGUUCAGCACCAGAGCCUUUUCAUGUCGAACACGGCGCAAAUGCCACAGAUGAUGAUGCCCUAUCAGCCUUUCCACCCACCGUCGGUCGGGCCUCCACCAGCGAUGCCGCCUCAGACUCCAGCGCCGUCAGCGAUGCAGCCGACCAUGGGCGCAGCCGGAGGAAUGCUGUGGAAACCGCCUGCUGUUCCCGUGGCAAACAGCAACAAUAAUUCGACGGCAGCCAACAGCUAUUACCACCAUCAUCGCCCCAACGAACAGCAGCAACUAAAUAGCAGAGGAAAUGCGGAAAAGGACGUUUACAAAGAAACGAAAAGAGCCAAACAGCCGCCGUACACACAAGGCCCUGCAGGGGGCGGCAAGAGCAGGAGCGGAGGUGUGCCCAUCGAGAACGUUUUGAAUAACGAGUACGGGCAGGUGGAAAUCGAACGGCUGGUAAACCGUCACCAGAGAGGCAAUCGCGAACAUACCGAAAAGCAACAAGCCGAGGCAGCUGUCCAUCAGCAUUUCGAGGAGAGUCUGAAACUUGCUCAGCAACAAAGGAGAACCAAUUGGAUAUCAAAUUUGCCUUCCCCGCCGAAAAAUGUGUAUCCAAGUCAAGGACCUAAGACUCAAGAUUCAUCUAAGCAAAGACAUCCAUCCCUAAAUGGGGCAAAUCAAACCACCAAUCAUCGAGGAGUCGACGAUUGGAAAGAAAAUAAAAAUAAAUAUGCACCGACCAGAUCAACACCGGUUGGUUCAUCAUCUUCUAGACCUUCAACUCAGCAAGCGCAUUAUAGAAGUCGGACCGUUCCUAUAUCGAAUUUCGAUCAUGAUAAUGUAUUAAUCAAUGCCAACGAUGGUGGAAACCACAAUAAUAUGAUCUCGUAUGCUCCUUACAUGAAUACAAAUCAUGUGUACGCACCUCCUUCCAAUUCAUCAGUAAUAGUUAGAAACGAGUCUUCGUACAAAAACUCAUCGAUGCCUGUGCCAGAAGCUUAUUCAUAUAAUCGUACUCCUACUAUUCUAACAGUCCCCGCUGUAAAAUUAGAUAAUAAAGAACUAAAACAAGCUAAACCAAUGCAUUACUCCAGGACAUCAUCUUCUUCGGUCAAUACUAGUCAAUUAAAAGGUCACAACUCUUCCCCGGAACAACAUCAUCCUGGGCCUCUGUUAAAUACACAUGGUCGUUAUGCUUUGUAUCCACCUCAAACUGAUCAUGCUCAAAGAGAUUUAGACACGCCCCCUCCAGCACACUUAAAUGCAAUGAUGUCUAGUGCCCUUCCAAAAUUUGUACCUGUCGCAGUACCAAUUGAUGAUCUCCAAACGGAAGCAUUAGAUCUAGUUAUGAUAUGUAAUAAAGCUACACCUGAAACUGAUGUUCCUUUAUAUUUAAAUUCUAACUACAAAAAUGCCAAACCAGAUCCUCAAGAUACCACAAACACACAUGAUAUAAAUGUUUGUGUUAAAUCUAAAAAACAUAACUAUUUAGAAAUGUAUUUGCCUGUUAACGAUAAUGUGAGCUCGCCAUUGAUUACAUUAAUAAGCAAUUCGACUACCAAUUCAGCAAUCUUAACGACGACACUCUCAUCGACCAACUCGAUAAUUUUGCCGUCUACUGUUUCAACGAGUAAUUCAUCAAGCAAACCAAUAACAAUUUCAACAGCUAAUUUGAUAACUGUCCCAAUUUCCAUUCCGUCUACCGUUUCAAAAAUUGAUCCAAAGGCUAUCCCAACUUCCAUUUCAUCUACCAUUUUACCUAAUUUGACAAUUAUUCCAACUCCCGUUUCAAUAUCCCAGUUUACAGCUUCAACAGAGAUUCCCACAAUUACUCCUGCAUCAAUCCCAGCAACAAUUUCAAAACCCGCAUCAUCAAUAAAUGUUACAACAGAAAUUUCGGUGACAACCUCUUCAAAUAUCCCAAUCACCAACUCAACUACCUAUGAUUCUUCUCCAUCUACACCUCCUCCGGUUCUAAUGCCUGCCACUUAUACAGAAAUGUCUAGUGGAAUAAAAACCCAUCAUCACAAGUUAAAGAAAGCAUGGUUACAACGCCAUGUAUGGGCAGAAGACUUGAAAGAAGCAGGCGUUAAUAUUGAUCAAAAUCCAUCACAUUCUUUCUCUCAAAUGGAUGAUACUCCUCCAGUUUUACAGUGUGAAAUUACCAAAAAAAGAAAAAUUUCCAAAAGCUCAUCAGACGAUAAUAUAGAGGCAGUAUCGCCUCCUGUAAUUUUGCCGUGUACUUCUUACUCAGAACCGUCGACAUCAUCGGGAAGUGGGACCAAAAAGUGUAAGAAAAGAAAAGUUUCUAAUCCCGCGAUACCCCCUGAAAAUAAAGACACAACAGACAAUGUCAAGCCUUUAGAUACGGAGAAGAAAGUUCCUCCGAUUAAAAUUCCUAAAAAAAGAGGAAGAAAGCCCAAGGUUGUUGUAAGUAUACCUUUGAAAAAAGGAAAAAAUAAUGACGGUGAAGUGCGGUUUUUUCAAUCGGGCCCAUGUUUAAAUGCUGGGCCAAAGAUACAUAAAUGUCGAGAAUGUCGCAUAUUCAUAAACAAUAAGAAGAAUGAUUUAAUGACGCAAGAUGAAAUUGAUAACAUAUUUUGUCGGUUCUACGCAUUUCGUCGGUUGUUCACAAACAAAACUGGGCAAUUAAUGAAUGCUGGGUUUCCCGAUCCUUUCUUGGAUAUUACUGAAGAUGAUGCGAAUCUUUGGCUACCUAACCCGGAAUGUCCACCAAGUUCAUUAGAUGUGGAAGUUGCAAAAAAAGUGUUAGUUGAGGCUGGUCGUCAAUUUUGCUAUUUAGUGAAAGAAGAAAAUAAAGCUCUAACUCUAUCACCAUAUUUCCAAGGCAAACCUAUUGCGUGGAAAAAAGCAGCUAAUGGUGUGAGGGAAAUGUGUGAUGUUUGUCUUACGACUAUUUUUAACUACCACUGGGCCUGCGCAAAAUGUGGUUUUGGUGUUUGCAUCGAUUGUGUUAAGGCGCGUCUCAAUGGCUCGUCAGAGUUGCCAAACGCCGCGACUAUGACUAAGAAGGACCUGCGAGAGAAAGACACAUUCACGUGGAUGACUUGUAACAGCAAACAUAAUCACGACGUCGAGCGGCUCAUGCUUACACAAAUCGUAGCCAGUGACUCGAUGGACGUUGUAUUCUCUGAUUUACACAAAGUCAGUACUUUGUGGAACCUUGCAAUCGAAUGUGGUUGUCCAGACCAUCCUUUCCCUGAGAUACCGGGCGAUGCCAGUACUGAUGACGACGAUGACAAUGUGCCUUCAAUGUCACAAGCAAGCACUUCAAAUACUGAUGAUAACUCUCAAAGCAGUCUUGCUGAAAAUUCUGAAAUAAGUUCUGCUGAGAACUUAAAAAACGAAUCUGCUGAUAACUCAAAAAUUAAAGUGUCUGAGGACUCUCAAAACAUUCCUGCCGAGGGUUCGAAAAACAGUGCUGCUGAAAACUCUAAGAAAAGUCCUGAUGAGAGCUCAUCGGGAAAUAUUGCCGAGGAAUCUAAGAGUCUUUCCCAAAAUGCUAUUAACAUCGAACCACAGAUUGCCGGGUGUUCAAAUGGCGGACGAGCGAGUGUUCAAUCUCACCCGGGAAGGAGAGAGCAGGCUUUAAAACACUUUGUCCGUAAGAAAAAUAAAUAUCUGAAAACUAUUCCACGCGAGCCGCUUCCACCACGUGUAAUGACACUGGCAGAGAGCCGAGAAUUUUUUCCAAACAAUCCCCAUACAUGGCUAUGUGACGGAAAACUGUUGAGACUUUUGGAUCCCGAAGAUCCUACCAACUGCGACAUGUUUCAAGAACAGUGGAAAAGAGGUCAACCAGUGAUGGUCAGUGACGUGGGCCAAAGGUUAAAUCCGGAAUUGUGGAGUCCUUAUUCGUUUAGUCGUGACUUCGGUGAAUUUACCAAUGACUUGAUUGACUGUGCGACUGGUAUGCUUGUCGAGGGUAAGACAAUGAAACAGUUUUGGGAUGGUUUUGAGGACGAAAGCAAGCGACUUAAAGGUCCGGAUGGUAAACACAUGUUGUUGAAACUAAAAGACUGGCCAGUUGGCACUGAUUUUGCGGACACCUUACCAGAAAGCGUUUUCCGAUACAGAUUUGAUGAUCUAAUGAGAGUAUUGCCGUUAAAAGAUUAUACUCUACGCGAUGGAAAUCUUAAUUUGGCCGCUAGAUUACCGGCAUGUUUUGUACGACCAGAUCUUGGGCCUAAAAUGUACUCAGCUUACGGGAACGCUGGAAAUCGCGAUUCCGCAAAACAGUUAAUGAGUACAACUAAUCUACAUUUGGACGUAUCGGAUGCAGUUAAUGUAAUGGUGUAUGUGGCUAUUUCGCACAAGAGUGAAAACCAAGACGAAGCUGAUCAUGAAUGGCACGUAAAGGAAGCGUAUCGGGCGAUCGACGAGGCUGGCUGUGACAUGGCAAGUAGGAGACGGGCCCGCGAGCCCAAAGAGUUGCCGGGUGCUGUAUGGCACAUUUAUCACGCCAAGGACGCAGACUCGAUACGCGACCUGUUGAACAAAGUGAGCGCCGAACGCGGUGAACCACUGGAACCCAACCACGAUCCCAUCCACGACCAAUCCUCAUACUUGGACGCAGAUCUCAGGGCGCGGUUGUAUACUGAAUACGGUGUCCAGGGUUACGCGGUGGUACAGUGUCUAGGUGACGCCAUAUUCAUCCCGGCCGGAGCCCCACACCAGGUGAGAAAUCUGCACAGCUGCAUCAAGGUGGCUGGUGACUUCGUUUCACCCGAAAACGUAUCUCAGUGUUUCCGGUUGAUGAACGAGUUCCGCGAACUGUCCAGCAGCCACAGCAACCACGAGGACAAGCUGCAGAUCAAGAAUAUCAUGUUCCACGCGGUUAAGGACUCAAUUUCGGUAUUGUUGCACAACAAUUUGGAAGAACCGCAGGAACAACAGGAACCGGAAGAGGAACAGGAAAAGUAGGAGUAAAUGCGUAUUGAUUAUUAUUUCUGUCUAUGGUAAUUUAUUAUUAUUUAAUUUUGACCAUUAUUAUUUUUUCUCUCAUUGUUAUUACAUAUUAUAUUCAUUUGUAAAUAAUCUAUAAAUGACAUUUAAUUUUAUCCCGUUAUAAUAUUACUAUUUUUAAUAUAGUAUUAUAUAAAUUAAUAAAAGUUAAUACUUACUUUUUUUUAUAUAAAUAUAUACAUAAUAUAUAUUUAUAUUAUAUUACGAUAAAAAACGAAUCAUACAUUUUAUUUUGGCGCUUUCGGGAGCACCACAAAAGGGGGUUUUUUUCAUUAAAUUAUAUAUUUGUUUUCUUUUUUUUUAAUUUUUGUGAUAAUAUGACUUCUUGUAUCUAGAACUUUAAGUUAAUAUUAUUAUUUUAUUUGUAUUAUUAUUUUCUAUGUUUGAAUUUGUUAACAUCAUAUUUUAGUAAUAUUCAUUAUUAAAAUGAUAUAUUAUAUCAUUUGGAAAAAAAUACACAAAAACAAGAUACAGUACAAUUUAUACAAGAAAUGUCGAUUUUAACAAUAUAUUAAUUUUUUUGUACGUUACUAUUUAUAUAAUUUAUUUUUUUUGUUAUCUCGUACAUUAUAUUUUUUUCCCAACCACAAAAACAAAGCAUGCUAUUAUAUUUUUCCAAAUCUCCCAAUAAUACCUAUGAUAAUAUAGUAUUAUAUCAUGUUCGCUAUUCACGGUGAAUUAUCUAUUGCCAUUUGUUCCUUUCAUUAUAGCAUUACCAAUAUUAAUAAUCGGACGCAUUUAAUUUCGAUUUUGAUUUUUGUUUUUUUCAUUGUGUUUCUUUUCUUCUUAUACAGUCAUCGCAUAAUAAAAUCGCACGCAUUAAUUAGAUAUCUACUACGAUUUAUUCUCUACGUUAUUUUUGCAUGUCGAUUAUUUAUAAUGUAAUAUUAUAAUUUAUUAUUUUGGUAUCAUGUGAAGUAAACAUUAAACUCACCUAUGCCAUAUCACAUCAAUAAUGCACACGCACACACAAACAUUACACACAAUAUAUUUUAUAAUAUUAUAGUGUUUGAGCAACAAUGUUGACAUUAGUUUGUAAUCUUCCGUAUAAAGGAUUUAGAAUUAAUUUGUUUAUUGUGUUAAGUUAUAGGUUAUAAUACGCUCGUGGAUCGAACGCGUUUUGUUUUGCCUACACGACUUAUGUCCCCGGGCCCAGAAAUAUUGUAAACUGUUCAAUAAUAAUAAUAAAUUAACAUCCGGAAAUCGCUGACCGAGUACGGUUAUCGUAUUCCGUGUUGUUGACAGGUCGUCGCGAGGUAAUCCGUACGCUUCGAUGAACUUGUUCCAUCAUAAUCUGACCUCUAAUAUUAACCUAUAUAAUUAUAUUAUUAAUUAUUUAACGCCUACCCAAGACAUCUCGUUUGAUUGUCGACUUUUUACGAUAAAAUAUUACUAGUUGAAUCGUUUCGCUACCUGUUUGAAUCGCAAUUCAUUUGAUUAAGCGAACAACUUAUCAAUUACUCAAUAUUACCGGUGGAUCGCCAGUUUGAUCCAUUGAUGCGCAGUCUAAAUAGGUAGUUAUUGUUGAUCAAAUCGUCGGUGUAUUUGUUUUUAGUGUGACUAUUAAAUUAAUUUAAGAAUAGCGAUUAUUAAUUAUUAUUGCUUUUUAUUCGUGUCCUGCGUCCGUUCAAAAUCAAUUUGUGUGUAUAGAUGUUAUAAAUAAUAAAUAUCCUACAUUUCUGUCGAUCGUUGUAUUAUUAAUAAUGAAUGUUUAAAGCACAAACAUAUUUUAUUCUUAAAAUAUAAUAUACCUUCUAUUAGGUAUGCUCGCUUCUUCGUUUUUUCCUCAUUUCCGUGCACAGUAUUACGCGUUAUCACUCGUCAGUUUUACUAUAACGCAUUAUAAUAUUAAAAAUUACAAAUCGAUCAAGUUUUCUAUUAGAAAAUUCGGACUCGUUUUUCUUCCACGUUGAAUAACUGCUAAAAACGUGAGUCAAAACCAAUCUUAACGAAUAUAGAUUAAAAAAAAUUAAAGUUCACAAUUCCCGUUUUUAUAUUUAAUCCCAUGCACUAAUGUACACCAUUAUGUAUAAGAUAGGUACGCCGGUUUACUUCGAUGCAGCUGUGUUUCUCGAUCGUCGGUGUUAAGCGGCCACUACAGUAAUCUUAUAACUCUUAUUACUAACGCUAUAGUAUCCUAUAGAAUACACAAUAUUAUACAUUAUUGUAUAUUAUCCGUGUACGAUUGUCAGUAGAACAUUUUCCGUGUUAGCGCCCAUCGUGGAAAAAAGAGACGGGGACAAUAAUUAUUUGAAAGCCAUAUUAUAAUAAUAUUAUGUUGAACUUUGGCUGUCGCUCGUCGACCUUUCUCAAUCGUUCGAUACUUGCCGUGCACAAUAUAGUAUAAUGUAUAAGCGUUUGUCGAAUAAUUUCAUGGAUUCUGAGUUAUCGUUUUGUAUUGUUUUUGUCGGUCCGCAAUUAUUGGUACCUAUUAUUAUAUUGUAUUUGUUACCAGCUAUCAAGAGAAAAAAAAUUAUAUUCUUAAUAGUGGUUGAAGAGAGAAAAAUGAUAUAGAAAUGAUAUGUUUUCGAUGUUAUGCUAUAAUUGCGCAUUUAAUGUGUUGUUUUUUUUACACUUAUGGACAGGUUCUAUGAAAACCUACUUAUUAAGUGUUAAUUUGUGUUUUUACUACAGUUUAUUAAGAUUAUAUUAUUGAAGUUGUUCUAGGAACUUUUAACGCCACAUCGUGGCGCUCAAACGGGUUAGUUACUGUAACCUAUGUUUAAUCGUAAUCGAUGUAUUUUGGAUUAUAUAAGUUAUAUAUUAUUAUUAUUAUCAUUAUUGGAACGCUUUUAUUAUUAUAUGUUUAUAAUAUCAUAUUUAUAUACUUAAGCCACCUAUUAUAAGUUAUCGAUGUCGAACGCAUUAACAGAAACUACGAAAAAUAUUAUAGAGGUACCUACCUACCUAUGUGCCUCAUAUACAUUGUAUUUUUUUUGUAGCAUCAAAAAAUGAACUUGUGUAUUUUUUUGUAGCAUCAAAAAAUGACAUUGUAUUUUUUUUUUUUUUGUAGCAUCAAAAAAUAAUAUAAAUUAUCGUGGUCUGGAUACGAUUUUCGUUUAACAUAAUAUUAAAUUCCCCGGAUAAAAUAAUAAUAAUAUUUAUUAAACAACGUCAUCGUUGAUGGUAAUUAUUCAGUUCCGACACCUAAUGCCCGACCAUUGAAAUAUCCAAUCUCAAAUACCUGAUUACAAUAGGUAGGUACAUCCAGACUCCAGUGGCGCCCCCUCCGAACUUGACAAUUUGAAACAUAAAAAACAUAGUAUAGCAAAAUAUUAUCCCACUUCAAUUGGCCACUAAAUUACGUGCAGUUUUACCCGUUAAAUGUCAUUAUAAAAAUCCUGCAUAACCAACGUAUUUCCACCAACGCUAGCGUUAACUCAAACUCGAACCAAAUUGCCUUCUUGAAUUGAAAAUUCUUGAACUUUCGCCGACGCAGACUUGCGAUAAUAUGCAAAAAAAAACCAAAAUCGUUUUCGCGUGCCUACUUCUUUUUUUUUUUCAUAGAGUUCCACUGACGAAAUUAAUAAAUAUAUAAUAGGAAACCGUUUCGCCUUUGGCUCGAUAUCGAUGAUAUUAAUAUUAUUAUAUUAUUGUGAGGUCGUGCGGGUGGACGCCACUGCUGCAGUCAUCAUGUAGUUUAAUAAUAAAUUGAUAAAUAAUAAUAGGUAGGUACCCUAUUAAAUAUGAGGUGUGUGUAUAAUGAAAUAAGCGUGAGAUUUUCACGACCAAAAGAUUUAUGUGAGAAAUUAUUCGUUAUCGUUUCCUUUAAUCUUUACCGUUGCAAUGUGACGUAAUUGAUUUCCUUUUUUUUUU